AUGGUCGCCAAUUUCCGACGAUCCCUUUCCUUCCCAAACCAUUCAUCAAAACCCAGAAAACCUCAUCACGUCAGAUCCACCAGUCUCCCCUGCAGAUCUCAUCCCUUGAUCUCCCUCCUCAAGGACCACAACACCCUCCUCAAAUCCUGGAGAUCCAAACCCGACACCCGAACCUCUGCCUGGCUCUGCGACGGCUUGACCCGCCUCAAAACCAUCCAAGACUACCUCGACGACCUCCUCCAUCUCCCCCAAACUCACGACUCGCUCCGCCACCACUCCGACUCAAUCGAGAACCUUCUAGAAGCCUUUCUCCGCUUUAUCGACGUUUACGGAAUCUUCCAGACCCUCGUCUUGGCUCUCAAACAAGAACUCUCGGCGGCUCAAGUGGCCAUAAGGAGAAAAGACUAUUCUAAGUUGGAUUGCUAUUUAAAGGCUAUAAACAAAUUCGGUAAAGAAAUGAGUAAGCUCGUUUCCACCGUCCGAUCAAUCGGAAACAGCUACGCGUGGGUGCCGGACUGCGAUGCUCAGCUGGCAGAAGCUAUCGGAGAUGUUAAUGAGUUGACUGUGUUGGUUUCGGUGGCGCUUUUUAAUGGUAUUUCGUCGGCGUUUCUGUCGCGAAAGUCGACGUGGAUGGGAAUGAGAUUGUUGAAUAAGAGGAAGAGAGUGAAGGUGGAGGAGGGUAUUGAAGAGUUUCAGCUAGUUGGAAUAGAGAGCUUGUUGUUGGGUUUGAGAAAGAAGAGACAUGGUGGUGAAGAAGAAGAAGUGAAAAUGGUGUUGAAGAGAAUGCAUGGGUUGGAGGAUUGUAUUGUUGGGAUUGAAGUUUGUAGUGAGAGAGUGUUUAGGAGUUUGAUUAACACUAGGGUUUCACUGCUCAAUGUUCUCACCAAGUAG